AGGUCUAAACGGAAUAGGAUGUGCCAUAUUCUUCAACUCAAGACACAUCAACGCUGUGAACGUCGGCCGGGCUUGACGUGCCUUGUUGUUUUUAGCAUAAGCGCGGCGCCGCUAAAUGAGGGCUAAGCCCUUUUAUGGAGUUCCCGGAAAAGCGUUUGAAUGUAUGAAUGGAAAUGGAAGUCGUUUCAUUUGACAGCUGACGUUUUCGGCUCACGUUAAUGCGCCGCCUGAAGUGCGUUAACGGAGCUCAUUUCCGAACCCUAGCUCCGCCGUUUGCCUCCGUCCACCACCGGGGUGUUCCUCUGCCUUCCACAGCAGCCCCGGCCGUCGCCAUGGAGACAGCCGGCAGCUACGUGCUCAUCCACGGGAGAAACCUCUCCCAUAGCUCCCCGACGAGCCCCGGUGCUGCUGCUGCCGGGCCUCAUAUGUCCAUCGACAAGCUGUUCCCAGCCCUGCUCGAGUGCUUCGGCAUCAUCCUGUGUGGAUACAUAGCUGGCAGGGCGGACGUGAUCACGGAGAACCAGGCGAAGGGUCUGGGCAACUUUGUGUCCAAAUUUGCUCUCCCGGCCCUACUGUUCAAAAACAUGGUGCUGCUGGAGUUCGGCCACGUCGUCUGGUCCUUCCUAUGGAGCGUCCUGGUCGCCAAGGUGGCUGUGUUCACGCUAGUGUGUGUGCUCACGCUAAUGGUUGCCAGUCCGGAAAACAGGUACGGCAAAGCCGGCCUGUACGCCAUCUUUGCCACGCAAAGCAACGACUUCGCCUUGGGCUAUCCCAUAGUGGAUGCUUUGUAUCGGAGCACGUACCCGGAGUACCUGCAGUACAUCUACCUGGUGGCCCCCGUGUCGCUCAUGCUGCUCAAUCCCGUCGGCUUUGCUCUGUGCGAGGCGCAGAGGUGGAGGAGGCGGAACGACCACCGCGGGGAGCGAAGCACGGCCCGAGUGCCGGCGGUCGUCGCGCUACAGGUGUUCAAGAACCCGAUCGUGUUCAUGGUGGUCGUGGGCAUCGCCUCGCACUUUGCGCUGGGCCAGAAAAUUCCCGACGUACUGUCCCAGUUCAUCGACGGCCUGGCCAACUCUUUCGGAGGGGCGGCUUUGUUCUACCUGGGCCUCACCAUGGUUGGUCAGCUGAGGAAACUGACGCGAGACGCCGGCGUCGCGUUGAUUCUCCUCAUCACUGCCAAACUUCUGCUGAUGCCGUUGUUCUGCAAGGACAUGAUGGACAUUUUGGACGUGGGUGUCAACAGCACCAGCGCCAACCACACCAGCUUGUCCAACUUUGCCUUCCUCUACGGCGUCUUCCCGAGCGCGCCCAGCGUGGCCAUCUACGCCGGCCACUACGGCAUGGAGCUGGAGGUGGUGACUUCGGGCAUGGUCAUCGGCACGCUCCUCUCGGCGCCCAUCGUGUACGUCUCGGCCUGGCUGCUGACCAUCCCGCUGAUGGACCCGGCGCCUCUGGUGGCCGAGCUUCAGAACGUCAGCUUCGACAUCAGCGUCGUCUGCCUGCCGGCGCUGGUUUGGACAAUCGCUGUGAUGCUGCUCAGCGGGAAGUUCAAGCGGCUUCCUCACCUCUUUGCCUUAAAUCUCUUCCUGGCUCAGUUCCUGGUGUGCGUGAGCAUGAUCCUGUGGAAGUUCCUGGCCCGAGAAGAGGAUAAUGUGGCGGGCAAAAUGCUGGCGUUCGCGCUGCUCUACGGCUCUCUGUACAGCACGUACCUUUGGACGGGUUUAAUCCCGCUGUGCUUGGCUCUGACCAGCAGAGACGAUCUGCUCAGGCUUCGGCCGGCCAUUUUCCUGAUUCUGGGUUGGGGGGUUCCUUUCUUUAUGGUGGGAGGUCUUUUGUUAGUCGGCCAGAGGACCGACUCCAUUGACUCUGCCUUCUUCUACAGCAAAGCUCAGAUUAUCAGCACAGCGGCGGUGCUGGCAGUCAGCCUGGCGCUGGCUGCCGUUUCUCUGAUGGGCCUCAGCCAGGGAGACCGGCGGGAGCAGAGGGGCUACCACGUCCUGAGCCUUGCGGCGCUACCCGCCUCCAGUGAGGAGCAGCUGAGGACCCCUGCCGGUGUGGAAGACCCACUACAACAACAACAAGAACAACAACAACAACAAGAGCAGUUAGCGGAACUUUCACCUUCUGCGUGCAGUAUUAACUCCGACCUCCACACGCCUCCUCCGCUCCGGUGCAUGCCGGAUAUGAUCACCAGCACGCAGAGAAACCAUGGUAACAGCACAGGCCACGGGCAGCAGCAGCAGCGGAGUUGGUCCUCUUCAGAACACCUGCCGAAUCUAACAGCACCUGAGCGCCGACAAGCCGCAGAUGACAAGCAGACCGUCAGACACGUUCUGCUCUGUCUCCUGCUUAUUGUCAGCCUCUUAGCGAACCUGUCGAGCUGCCUGUGGUGGUUGUUGAACAAAGACCCCGGCCGUCUGUACUUGGAGCUUCAGUUCUUCUGCGCCGUGGCUAACUACGGCCAAGGCUUCCUGUCCUUCGGGAUCUUCGGCCUGGACCGCCACCUCAUCAUCGUGCCCUUCAAGAGGAGGUUGUCGGCGUUGUGGCGGGGACGAGAUGCGGACCGUAACGGUCCGGCGGGAGGAGCUCGCGAGGAGGUCCGGCUCACCUGCACGCAGUUUGUGCGCUACCACGAAGAGCACUGCGUGCAAGGGCUGCUCCAUCUGCGCAGUGCCUCAGGAGAGAGCGCGAGCGCUUCAGCCGGUGAAUCGUUGCUGUGACUUCGCCCGAGCACGACCGACACCAGUGCGACGUCUACCUGACCCGUAAUGGCAGCGACCGCCGUGACGUCCCCCUCAAAAGUGCCUUCAGGUGUGCUUCUUCCAUCCCCUGCGAUGCUCGCUGACUUGAACUUCAUUUCCACCCGUCAGUCAUCUCCCAAUCUACUGUCUUUAUUUAUUUUGAAUGCACCGUAUGGACACAUUAGGUACACCUUCUGUGGAUAUCAAGUGUACACACCCCUGUUGACAUGCCAGGAUCUUACAACGCAAUUAACAAAAGUCUUUUUGAGAGGGGAAAGUACAAAAAACGGAUUGAGCUGUGGUUGCAUAAGUGUGCACACCCUCUUAUAACUGGAGAUGUGGCUGUGUUCAGAACUAACUGAUCACAUUCAAACUUUUUUUUUUUUUUUUUAAUGGGAUUCAGCACCCAUCUGCCUCUGCUUAAUCCCAGAUAAAGUUCAUAUGUUCUAGUAGGCUUUUCCUGACACUGUAGAUCCAGUAUAUGGAUGAUAAUGCUCAACGGAAGCGCAUGAAUCGAACAAUGUUGAAGUGUUUCUGUUUGUAUAUUUUACGCUGAAAAGAGCCACUAAGUGUCACCGUGUGUCUUCGAAGGGGCACACCCCUACAGUUUAAUUAAUCAAUACAAAUAAACUAAUUCAAUGAUGAUAUCAUCAUGUAAACAUCAAUUCAAUAAAAAGCGUCGGCCUCACGGGUUCGGUCCCCGGCCCCGCCUGUGUGGAGUUUGCGUGUUCUCCCCGUGCCUGCGUGGCUUCUCUCCGGGCGCUCCGCUUUCCUCCCACAUCCCAAAGACAUGCAUUGAUUGGGGGACUCCGGGGUUGCCCGUGGGCGUGGGUGUGGCCGGAUGUUUGUUUGUAUGUGCCCUGCGAUUGGCUGGCGACCGGUUCAGGGCGUACCCCGCCUCCUGCCCGAUGAUAGCCGGGAUGGGCUCCGGCACGCCUAGCGCGACCCGCGUGAGGAGAAGCGAAGCGGCUCAGAAAAUGGAUGGAUGGAUAAAUCAAUGAGUGUGAAUCAUCAACACGAGCGAGCUACAAUCAAAAUGAGAAACACAAAUAAAACAUUCACAACUACAUCACAAAUGAAAAAAAAAUCUAUUUAAGAUUUAAAUACUGAAUAAAAAUGUAUAAUCAAUAAGACAUUUUGAAAAGUAAGUCUAUUCCCCGCCCAGCAUCUAAUAAGGCUUACGGAACAUAAAUUUCAUUUUAUGAAAUAACAAUAACAAAACCAAAAUAUACGCUGAAAAAAAAAAAGUCAACAUAUUCAAACUAAUUAUUUGCUUACUUUUGCUUAGUCGGAGGUUUUUUCCUUGACGUGUACUCCAUCAUACGGAGAUCGGUUUCGAACAUUUUGGUCUGCAUAUUUAACUUCGUGAGAAUCGCGAAGGGUUGUGAGGUGCGGUAACUUUUGAUGACACUUGAGCAUCUUUUGCAAAAGCAUUUUUGGGCUGCAAAUGAAAUGGGACAUUUCAAAAUACAAUACAAGUCAAUUAAAGACACUAGUAGAAAUAAAAGUUCAGAAAAUAAAGUCAAGAAAAAAGAAUAUAUUGAAAAGAAAUUAAAUGAAAGCUAUAAAACAGUCAGUUAAUUCAGGGCAAUCAUUUGUAGUUAAACCAAAAAGUCAAACUUGAUUUACUAAAAUUAAUAGAAAAAAAAAUAUAUCUAAUUUACCAAUCGGUUAAGUCAAUGAAUUCAACAAAAAAGAGUCAAAACUACUCACUCUCUGAAAUGAAUGAAUGUGAGUCGACGUCGCCCAAGUUUUGUUUGCCUUUUUCCCCCCACUUCUGUUUAGCUGUUUGACUUUAGAGUUUCUGCUCUUGUGAGAAAUAUUCUUUUAUUUGAAAGCACUGGACAAAUUCAACUACUGUACUGUCCACUUCCUCACGUUAAGCUGCUCAUUUGUUUAAAAGGUGACUUGAUUCCCAUUCAAAUGUCUUUUUUUUUUUUAACACUUUAAUCCAAAUCAGUGUUUAAACAAAAUGGCACAUAUCCUGCUCAUGAUCUCCCACCAAUAUAUAUAUAUAUAUAAAAAACAAAUAUCAUUGUGUGUCUUUACAUUGUUUACCGAUGGCACGUAAUCUCCGGCAAUGUGAAAGGUCUGUGUGUGUAUGUGCAUGACGUGGACAAAAUGUAGAAGAAUAAAGAGUUUUUAAUAAGUGA